GAGACGCGGUGGCCAGUUAAACGAUUUUAACGAUAGAUAUUAUAUAACGCUAGUACCGAGAUUAUAAUUAUUUAUUUAAUAAUAAAUAUAUUUUUUUAACGUUUAACGUUUUAAAACUAAUAGUGUGAUGAACUCUACGUGUUCUUAAAAGUGGUAGUAAAAGAGCUUGAUUUCAAACGUAGACAAUUAUAUUGGGCGAUCAUCAAUUAGUUAUAGUCAGGUUAAACAUUCAAACAAUAAUGGUUUCCGGAGUUGUUUUUUGGCUGUUUUUGUUUUUCUUUUGCAACGUCAUAAUACAAUUGCAUAGUGUUAAGCCAUGGAGUGAAAAACAACUUUUUCCCUCAAGCAAGAUUCCAGAAGAUGGUUUAAGCCCACGUCGAUCUGUAGUAAGGCGGAAAAUCGUCUUGUAUCACAAUUUCUUCCGUACAAAAGUCCGUCCGACCGCUUCUAACAUGCUUUUAAUGUCGUGGCACCCACUCGCUGCUCAACAAGCUCAGAAUUAUGCAGACAAGUGCAUUUUCUUACGUCACAACGACGCCAGUGAAAACACAGUACCGUAUUUAGGUAGCUGUGGUCAAAAUCUUUUUGUAUCAUCACAAAAGACACCUUGGUUUUUCGCCAUAAAGAACUGGUUUCUGGAGUACAAGAACUUCACGUAUGGUACGCCCAUAACAGAUAUAAAAGCCGUAGGUCAUUACACUCAGAUGGUUUGGGCUACAAGCCAUAAGGUUGGUUGCGGUGUGGCCCACUGCUCUGGAGGACCAUGGGGCCAAUUUUACAAUUACGUUUGUCAUUAUUGUCCUACGGGCAACUACGAUACCAUCAUUCACUACCCAUAUAAAGCAGGGCCGCAUUGUGGAGAUUGUCCGAACCACUGCAUUUCAGACAACCUGUGCACCAACUACUGUCCAGUGAAAGACUAUUUCUCAAAUUGUGAUUCAUUAAGCAAGGUAAUCGAUAUGUGCUCCCAAGGGUAUUGCAAUGCAACAUGCACGUGUAACUCAGGAAAAAUAUACAAAAAUUAUCCUUGGUAGCUUUGUUGAAAAUAUUUCGUAAAUGUAAUCCAUCUGUUAUUGUCAUAAAUAAAAAUGUAUAAACAAU